AUGUCUGACACCAAUUUUGGGUCCAUCGAUGCCCAAUUAUCGGGUCUUAACUUGAACGAUGAGAACAGCAGAGAUAACCUGCCGGUUCCGGCCAAAUCACCAGCUGUAGGUGUUAAGAAGAAGAGACCACUGAGAGCGUACCAUAUCUUAUCACCACAGCUUGAUAGCCCGAAUACUUCACUGGGAACCUUCUCACCAAUUCAGUCACAACUUUCAGAUGGCUCCCAAACAUCGUAUAUUCCCCAAGGCGGCCAGUUCAGUCCUUUCCAAUUGAAUCAACCAGGAUUUGCAUCACCACAAUCCUCAAAUCAUCAACAGCAAUCACAAAACACUAAUUCUCAUUUGUUCAGUCCCACAUUGAACGCAUUUAAGAAUGAUGCUUCAAAUGCAAACCCGUCUGCUGCUCCUUAUCCCAGCGGAACCUUUUCUAACCCAGUUUCCCCACCUUUCUCCCCACUUCCACCUUCAACAUUACAAUUCCAAUAUCUCUCGGAACAACAACGUGGUCCUACCAAAUCAUCAACACUUAAUAAUAGUCAAAGAAGCACGUCCCGUAAUGUCAGCUACAACAUGCCAGAUGGCUACACUGGAAAACCUUUCCAGCCUGCUGCAUCGUUUUCAGUUCCGGAGGAGCGUGCUGAAAACCAAGAGGAAUUUUGGAGUAAAGAUUACCAAACUUUCCAGAACCCUUUCCCACCAUUGGCAACCACCGAUUGUAAAGUGGUUGAUGAGGGAACUGCAUCGUCUAAAUUCAUGUCAUUAUCAACAUAUGAUAUCCCAACUAGUGAGAAAUUGAGAGCAAGCACCAAGUUACCAGUGGCCUUGAAUGUCAGGCCAUUCGCCCCAGUUGAAGAAGAUGGUGACGAACCAGUGCCAGAAGUCAAUCUAGAUUUUGUGAAAGGCGGCCCUCCAAGAUGUAACCGCUGUCGAGCAUAUGUCAAUUACGGUAUGCAAUUCACCAAUGCCAAUAAGUUUAUUUGUAAUUUGUGCCAGUUUGCGUCUCCUGUACCCGAAGGGUAUUCAUGUGCGUUGGAUCAUACCUAUAGAAGAAUCGAUAUCGCACAAAGACCAGAAUUGACUAAAGGUGUUGUUGAUUUUGUGUUACCAAAAAAAUACUGGGAAAAUACCGAUAUGGAGCCUGUUCCAUUACACCAAGUUUUCUUGAUCGAUGUCAGCAGUCAUGCGAUGGAAAAGGAUUUACCAAGAUUGGUAUGCGAUGCAAUCAAUGCCACUUUAUAUUCUUGGAAUGAAGAGACUGGAGAAGAACAAUGUGUUUUACCCCCAGGAUCAAAGAUUGCGAUCAUCACCUUUGAUAAAAAUGUCCAAUUUUACAAUAUGAGUCCAUCGUUACAACAACCGAUAGUGACCAUCAUGACAGAUGUCGCCGAUCCAUUCGUUCCAUUCCAUGAGGGAUUAUUUGUUGAUCCAUUAGAGUCGAGAGAUUUGAUUGAUCAGACUUUAACCAUAGUGCAAAAUACCAAUAAGUUUACUAGAUACCCUGAAGUUUCCUACGGUGUGGCGCUUAAGUGUGCUCAACUUGCCCUUAAUGAAUUUACUGACGGUCAAGGUGGGAAAGUCACCUGUACAUUAUCAAUGAUUCCUAAUUAUGGCCAAGGUAUGCUCUUUUUGAAAAAAUAUGAAGAUGCCGGGUUUAGUAAAGAUGCUGAUAAAGAAAAAUUAGUCCUCCAAGAAAACAACAUAUAUUAUAAAGAUUUGAUCAAAUGUUUCACUAAAGAGAAUGUCGGAUUGGAUUUGUUUGUUUUCCCUAGUUUUGAUAUGGAUUUAAUCAAUGCUACCUACAUCACCUCUCACACUGGUGGGUCAUUAAAGUUAUAUCAUGGAUUCAAUCCAAUAAGAGACGAACGAAAGUUUGUCUUUGAUUAUAAAAAAUCGAUUGGAGACACCGUUGGUUACCAGGGUCACUUGAAGGUCAGAUCUUCUAGUGGCUUGCAAGUACAAAAAUAUUAUGGGAAUUUCUCAGGGCCUUCAAACGAUCCAGUUAUACCAAUUCUUAAUAAGAAUAGUAACUUUAGUGUGUUAUUCUCAUAUGAUGAUAACUUAUAUACAGGAUUUGACUGCCAUUUCCAAGCGGCAAUUUUGUAUACUACGAUUUCUGGUGUUAGAAAGAUCCGUGUUAUUAAUUUAGUGUCGGCCGUUACCGAGAAAGUUGGUGAUGUCUUUGCCUUUUCUAAUAAGGAUGUGUUGAUAAAUGUCAUUGUCAGGGACUGUCUUAGCCAUAUUCCAGAACAACCACUUAUUUCAAUUCAAAGGUCAAUUAAUAUGAAGGUCUCAGAUAUUUUCUAUCAAUAUAGACGGUUGGUUUCUCCAAAUGAGACCCCGGCUGCCUUUGUGGUUCCAGACGGGUUGAGAACCUUACCGGUUUACAUGUUGGCAUUUGAAAAAUCUAGAAUUUUGCAGAAAAUCACUUCGAUGACAAAGAAUAACUUGAGAGUGUACAAUAUGUUUAACUUGAAUAAUUUGCCGUUACCGGUCCUUUCAUAUUACCUUUAUCCAUAUAUUGUGGGCUUGCAUGAUUUGGGUGAUGAUGAUUGUGAAUAUAACGAAAUUUACCUUAAAUACCGGAUUCCAAAAGGUCUCUCAGCCUCUUUGUCUUCUAUUGAAGUUGGUGGCUGUUAUUUGGCGUUCAAUGGGCAGUCUGUGAUUUUGUGGGUUCAUAAUGAAGUUAAUCCAUUGCUCCUUCAAGAUCUUUUCGGAGUGGAUGCUUUCGAUAAACUUGAUCCACUAAUUGAUGAAUUGCCAAUUCUUGAUACUCAUAUCAAUCAACAGGUCCGUAAUCUUAUAAAAUACUUUGGGGAAAAAGUGUUGAAGGCUGAAUUUUUGCCGAUAAAAUUGUUGAGAUUCAGCUUAGAUGAGCAAGUGGAGUUUGUGGAAUUGUUUGUGGAAGAUAAGGCUGUAGAUGGCCCUUCUAGUUAUGGGGACUACUUAUCAGCUAUCCAUCAAGAUGUCAAAGAAAGAAUGAAUGAAAAGAAAGAGGGUUUUGCCAAAUUCACCGGGUUCUUAUCCUGA